UGAACAGGCAAAAAAGCAGCAUUAGAGUGUGGUCGACUUUGAAACCAUUUUCAAAAAAGAAAAUUAUAUCUGUAUUAUUUUUAAAACAUACCAAAAUAAAAUACCGGAAGAAUACGAAAAUAUAAAGUUACCAAAAGUGCAAAAGCAGCAGAUUUAAUUACAUAUUAGAAGUGCUUCGAUUCAAAAUAAGCUGCUGUUUAGUUGUGAAACGAAUUGGAAUAAAAAAUUAAAAUGAAUAUUUUUAAUUAUACGCGUAUAUUGACGAUAUUGUUAAUUAUAAAUCAAGUGAAAAGCUCGUGCUCCGUUUACUCAAAAGAAUUGGAUGAUCAAUGCAGUACCUAUUGCUAUCAAGUCGUGAAACCCCUUCUACAAAACGUAAAUGCGGCCGAAUCAAUGACAGAAGAAUAUAAUGAGCUGCAGCAUACAAUCAAAUUGCAAGCAGAAAAAAUAAAGAAUCUAAAUAAAUUGAUAAAGUCUAAAGACAAAUUGAGUAAAUUGUGUGAAAGGCAAAAUGGAAAUCAACAGAAACUUAUUGAUCAAUAUGAGACUCAAUUAACUAGUUUAAAAUCAGAAAUCUCUUCGAAAGAUCUAGAGAUUAAAGAUUUGAAAUCAGAAAAUGUAAAAACAAAAGAACUUCAAGAUGAAAUCACAGCAUCUAAACAAGCAUCUAGCUGCUUCGGCAAUUUGACGAAUAUUCAGACCUUAAGAGUACCCAUAGUUCAUACAAUGACAGUUCCAUGUGAAUCGAACUUACCUGAAGCUGGAGGUGAUUGGACUGUUAUCCAGCGUCGUAAGGAUGGUAGUGUGCAUUUUAAACAACCGUGGUCAGAGUAUAGAGAAGGCUUUGGAAAUAUUCAUGGUGAAUUCUUUCUUGGACUGGAGAAGAUUUAUUUGUUAACACAAUCCCAACCACAUGAAUUAUUUGUAUUCCUCAGAGACUUUUUUAAUGAAACCCGAUAUGCUCGAUAUAGCAACUUUGUCAUUGGUAACGAAAAAGAAUUUUACGAGUUGAAAGUGCUCGGAAACUACUCAGGCACUGCUUUCGAUUCACUGCGACAUCACGUAAAUCACAAGUUUUCAACACCAGAUAAAGACUUUACUUCUAAGAACUGCGCUCAAUCUUUUAAAUCUGGGUGGUGGUUUACCAACGAUGGUUGCUAUCGGAGUAAUCUUAACGGAUGGUACGUGUUUUCUGAUAUUGGUAAGGAAGUGAAUAGCCUUGAAUGGAGAUUGUGGAAGCAUCGGCCGUUGAAAUUUGCACAAAUGAUGAUUAGGCCACUCGAGUGAAAUUUUCAAAUAUUAAAAAAAAAAGUUGUAUAAAAAAGUUCUGCAGCAUCUCAAAAAAAUUAAAAUAUAUAAAAUAUCAAUAACUUGAUAUAUUUUGAUCAUCUGAAUGAAGUUCUGUCUAUAAUCGAUAAACAUGUUCAGAGACAGCUACUAACAGGUUUCAAUGAAAGCAAACCAAUACAAAAUGGAUACUUUAUAUUAAAUAUACCAACUAAAUAUACAACAUACAAAAAAUACGACAUAUAUUUAUAUUUGAUAU